AUGCGUUGCCCCAAGUUUUGACUCAGCGCCGCUCGCGUUCAUUCCAGACACUUCCACCCAUUUCUAUGACGUCAACGGAGCAUUCUAUAAAGGCCACUGUCCUGGGAACGCAAUGGCACAGUCCUUUCUGCCUAGAAGCUUUUGCGGUCUGAAGAGGCCCCCGAUGGUGCAGAUGGCAACGAAUGAUCCGCUCCCUCCCGGCUGGGAAAUUAAAAUUGACCCUCACACUGGAUGGCCCUUCUUCGUGGAUCACAACAACAGGACGACGACCUGGAACGAUCCGAGGCACGACCUGAAGCGGGAACGUCACUCAUCUAAUGGACCUUCUGCGUCUCCACAGCCGACAGCCCAGGAGAACUAUAGCCCUCCUGUCAAGGAAAUGAAGCCUCCCAGCCUACGGCCGGGCUACAUCUCCAUCCCUGUUGUCCACGAGAGUCUGGAGCAGCGGCAGCAGCAUCCAUUUGCUUCCUACGCUCAGCCCGGAAUAGCACGGUUUAAAAUGGAGUCUCGGGAACAGUGUCCACCGGCAAGUCAUUCGGGACGCUCACAGUCUGCCACCAGAGAGAGUCCUCCCGCUGAUCCACAGUGCACUCAGAGCUCUCCGACAUCAGACCCGGGCCUUCACGGAAGUGAGCUUCACCAUCACCUUCCUCCUCCUCCUCCUCCUCCUCCUCCUCCUCCUCCUCCUCCACCCCCUGCUCAUCACCCUCAUCAUCAGCAGCAGCAGCAGCAGCAGCCAGUCCACACAGGAGCUCCCUUGCAGUCCGGCAGACCCCUGAGCGGAGGCCCCCAGCUUCUGCCCGGCUACAUCUCCAUCCCGGUGAUCCACGAAGGAGUGGUGGGCCACACCCAACAUCUUCACACUCAUCCGCCCCCUCAUCGGCCUCCGCACAUCGUCCAGCCCACCGAGUACUCGCCAGUCUUCCACAGAGUCCAGCCUGAAGACUGGUCCAGCCCACCGGCUCGCUCGCAGUCUCCACGAGAGCGUCAGAGUCGAGAAGCCUCGCCAACAAGGAUCGGCACACAGCUGAGACCUCACUCACCCAUCAUGGCGUUUCCAGCAGCAGAGAGGCCACAGGCUCAGCACUCUGUCCUGCUCCAAGGGUCUCCUCCAGCAAGCCACCCCCCAGCAGCUGUUCCACUUCAGGCCUCCUUCAAGGAUAUGGACACAAGCCCGGUAGCACAAAGGCCCCCUCUAGAAAAAUCCGAGGCCAGGAUCUCCACUGCAGCCAAACCUAUCCCACUGGAGGCAAAGCCUGUGCCUCGGGAGGCGCCUUCACCCGUACCUGUAGAGACCGAGGAGACCUCGCCAAGUCACCCCGGUUUGCUCAAAGUGCAGCAGAUUGUCGAGCGGGUCAACAAGUUGGAGGCGGAAGUUGGCAGCUUUGAGGGCAAGAAAAACGACAAGCGGUAUCUGAUUCUGGAGGAACUGUUGACAAAAGAGUUGCUGGCACUGGAUUCUGUUGAUCCUGAGGGGCGACCCGAUGUACGCCAAGCCAGAAGAGACGGUGUGCGGAAGGUCCAGAAAAUUUUGGAAGGACUGGAGUUCAUGGCGGAGCAGAACAAGGCAGCGGGUCUGGUCGAGGAAGCUGAUCUUACAGGAGGCAAAGGGGACUCGCCCAUGAUUGGUGACGUGGAAACGUCCAUGGAGAAGGAGAUCUGCUGAGCUGAGCCAAAGUCGGGUGACGAGACAAAGAGAAAGCCCCCCACCCCUCCAGGUUUCCGUCCAUAGUUGUGAAUGAACUUCAAAAUGCAUGCCUUAAGGAAUAUACAGCAGUCGUGUUCCUAUCAUCCUGUAGACGUCUGGCCGGAGGUCACUGCCAACAGCCAAGGAGUCGUGGAGGUGAAGCCAAGACGGCCGGGGCCAGAGAGCAGAGAGGCGCUGCUCAGAGGGGGCGUCUCGUGGGACGAGAGAAGGGCGGUUCUGUUUUGUUACUUGUUUCAAUAAAAUGUUCUAUCCAAUCUGUUCCUUAAA